AUCAACUGACAACAAUGUCUUUUCUGAGCGCUUCCGUCGUGCCAUUGCUAUUGUCCAUCGUAGCACUAGCCAGCCCGACGCUCGGGGUCUGGCAAGAGAAUGUGAGACCCAAGCUGUACGUUGAGCUGGGCACUGAGGAGAUACUCAGGUUCCAGGGCAACGACACUACCAUCGACAACUUCAAGCUGAUGUUGAGGGACGGCACCAGUUUGCUCAUUGGCGCCAGGAAUAUUGUCUACAAUCUCAGCAUAUCGGACCUCACGGAACAACAGAGGCUCAUGUGGUACUCACCGGAGGACGAUGUGAAGAUGUGCGUUGUGAAGGGGAAGGACGAGGAAGCUUGCCAGAACUACAUUCGUGUCCUAGUGGUGCCGAGUCCGGGGAAGCUGCAAGUUUGUGGCACAAAUUCAUUUCGACCCAUGUGUCAUUUGUAUCAGAUAAAUGCAAACAAUUACACAUUGGAAAUGGAGAAACCCGGUCAGGCGGUGUGUCCUUAUGAUCCGCAGCACAACUCCACAGCAGUAUUUGCCGACAAUGAACUCUAUUCGGGCACCGUGGCUGAUUUCAGUGGCAGUGAUCCAAUAAUUUAUCGCGAACCUCUUCAGACGGAACAAUACGACAGUCUCAGCUUGAAUGCACCCAACUUUGUCAGCUCCUUCACGCAGGGGGACUUUGUGUACUUCUUCUUCCGCGAAACAGCCGUGGAGUACAUCAAUUGUGGGAAGUCCGUUUACUCACGUGUUGCGAGGGUGUGCAAGUGGGACAAAGGGGGACCACAUCGCUUUAGGAAUCGAUGGACGUCAUUUCUAAAGUCACGACUGAAUUGCUCCAUGCCUGGCGACUUUCCCUUCUAUUUCAAUGAAAUACAAUCUGCAAGUAACUUGAUUGAGGGACGCUAUGGACAUUCGAACUCCAAAUUGAUUUAUGGUGUAUUCACAACACCGCCAAACUCCAUUCCGGGCUCCGCUGUUUGCGCCUUCUCACUGCAAGAUAUCGCAGAUACAUUUGAGGGGAACUUCAAGGAGCAGAGCGGCAUCAAUUCCAACUGGCUGCCCGUCAAUAGCGCCAAAGUGCCAGAUCCACGGCCUGGGUCGUGUCAUAACGAUUCACGCACACUGCCAGAUCUCACGCUCAAUUUCAUUAAGACACACUCGCUGAUGGACGAGAAUGUUCCGGCAUUCUUUGGACAGCCAAUUCUAAUGCGCACCAGUACAAUGUACAAAUUCACUCAGAUCGCGGUGGAUCCGCAGAUUAAGACGCCAGGAGGAAAGACGUACGAUGUUAUUUUUGUAGGAACAGAUCAUGGGAAGAUCAUUAAAUCGGUGAAUGCGGACUCGGCGGACUCUAGCAAGAAGGCCACAUCGGUAGUGAUUGAAGAAUUGGAUGUACUGGCGAAGAGUGAACCAAUCAGGAAUAUGGAGAUUGUGCGAACAGUUCAGUAUGACCAACCCAAGGACGGGAAUUACGAUGAUGGCAAGCUGGUUAUUGUCACAGAUAGUCAAGUGAUUGCUGUAAGACUUCACCGGUGCAACAGCGACAAAAUCACGAGUUGCAGUGAGUGUGUGGCUCUGCAGGAUCCUUAUUGUGCUUGGGAUAAGAUUCAGGGCAAGUGUCGCUCCCACGGCGCUCCGCGGUGGAUGGAAGAGAACUACUAUUAUCAGAGUGUGGCUACUGGUCAGCACGCCGCUUGUCCAUCCGGGAAGAUGACGUCGAAGGAUGCAAACGCAGGCGAGCAGAAAGGUUAUCGCAAUGACAUGGAUAUGAUGGAUUCACACAAUCGAUUAAUGAAGAAUCAGCCGAGUGGAGAAGUCAUCAAUAUUAUGCAGGAUAGCAAGACUUUCGACGGUACAGGUCCUCAAAUAACGCCAGAUAUUAUGACGGCGCAGUACUCAGUUGAGACUCUGGUGAUGGCUGUGCUGGCGGGAUCGAUAUUUGCUCUGCUGGUGGGCUUUCUUACGGGCUACUUCUGCGGCAGACGUUGUCACAAGGAUGAGGAUGACAAUCUGCCAUAUCCGGACACGGAGUAUGAGUACUUUGAGCAGCGUCAAAAUGUGAAUCGCAUCCAAACGGAGCCGAAAUUGCUGCCUCAGGUGGAUGAGGUGACAUACGCCGAACCGGUGUUGCUGCCGCAAACUUCCAGUCAGAAUAAGAUGCAAAAUUCACCCAAGAGCACACUAAGGAAGCCAAUGAGCCUCCAUCACGGUGGCAAUUCCGACGCUCUCUUCCAGUUUCAGCCUGAUGGCUACAAUACACGCGACACGUAUCGGGGACGAGACAAUUUUGGCACUUUGCGCUCCCAUCAGGGCGACAAUUACCGGCGUGGCGAUGGUUUUUCCACGACUCGAAGUGUGAAAAAAGGCUUAAAUACAAAUGCAAGAAACAGAAGUCUCGGUCGACUAAGGAGGCAGCCGCCCCGACAUGGAAUUGCAACGCCACAUCGUUCCGAUAGUCCGCAAAAUUCAAGUUCAGGCUCAUCACCAGUCAUGUCGCACAGUAGCUCGAGUCCGGCACCGCCAUCGAGUAGCCCGAGCCCUCAGGGUAGUUUGAAGAACUGUAGCUAUAUCUAUCGCGAUUGAUUAAUAUGUGACGCCGUCGAUUCAUCAUCACUAUCACCGGUGAAGACGUCAUCCAGGCAGCUGAGGGAGGCGCUGAAAACGUGGAACAGUUUGUGGUCAAGGCGAAGGCGGCGCGAGCGAUCGCCGUCGCUGUGGACGCACAAUAAUCUGCUGAUGGAGGACAUCGCUGGUGACGGUGACGUGAGAUCAUCAUCGUCCGCAUCCACCAUUCCGAUUGAUGAGUUCGUGAAGGGUGGCUGUGGGACUGCAAGUGGACGGAGUGGUGGGAAAAAUCGACGCUGCAGGAAUAACAAAGCUAAUACAUGUGAUCCGAGGGAGUGUGAGUUGCUUGUUGUUAGAGCAUCAGACUGGGAUGACGAAAAAUGAGAUUCUAACAUUACAUAAAUGAACAUAUUAUUAAGAAAAAGAAAAUUAACAAUAUUCCAAUGAGAGUGGCGAUGAGGUGCCACAGAAGACUUUCACACACGAGCUAAAAAGUGUGUUGUAAAGUGAGUGGAAAAGGUAUAUUUAUUAGCGAGUAUGAGAGUUUUUUUUUAAGAGAGAUUGUAUUCUCAGAGCAGAGCGCAUUUUAUUUACCAAAGAUUUUCAUUGUGCAUUUAUUAAUGAAUUUGUAACUAUUUUAUUUGUAACACACGGAUUAUAUUGUCUUCAUAGAAGAGCUUUACAGAGAAUCUCUGUAUAGAUUAAUUGUACAUUUUGACCGGAGUUUUUUUAACAGAUUUUUUGUAAUAUUUGUAAAAUAUGUUUAUACAAGUUUUUUUUUAAACAUAAAUUUCUUUUUCGAUAUACAAAAAGAAUGAGUUGGAUUUAGAUGGGCGAAUUGAGAGCAAAGAGGAAGAAUCAAGCAUUAGAUUAGUAAGACAUAAGAAAUACUCACUAAAUGAAAAGGAUGAAACCAUGAGGAAGAAAAGGGAAAUUAAAUAACUUUAUUAGAAAUUUUAUUAUACAAGGUAAGAGAGAGGAAGGAACUUUUUGAAACACAAGUAAUAAUUAAAAGAAAAUGAUAAAAAUAAUUCUAAGAAAUAUUCACGCAUAAUAUUGUUACAUUUAGGAGAAAAAAAGAAACAGUUUGAUUGAUAUAAUAAGAAAAGGAGGAGACAGCCCAAUAUUGAUACAGAAAUGAUAAGAGUUUCGGUUGACGCUGAGUUGAAGCGAGUGGAAACAAAUUAAAAAGAUAAUCUUUUAACUAGAAUUUGCUCUUUUAUAGCCAUUUAGCAAAGUGAGUGCGCGCAAGUUGCGAUAAUAACAUUUAAGGGAGUAAGAAAACAAGAAAAUAUAUACGUAUUAGGAGAUGGAGGAAGGCAUUGUACACACAAAAAAAAGGAAGUAAGCUAGGACAAAAACAAGUUAUGAGAGAGCAUCUCAUGUUUUCAUUUUCAUUCAAUGCUAAAUAAUAUUAAUUCUAAGAAGCUAUACUUGAAUUUAUUAAGGAGGAAAAUGCAAAUAUAUAUAUAUUUAAUCCAUGACGGGUGAGAAGAAAACAUAUUUGAAUAUAAAGAUUGCAUUUUAUGAAUAGCAAAAUGAAGGAUUGUAAAUACGUGAAACUUUAUUACAAAAGUGCAGAAACAAUUCAUCCACCCAUUGAGAAUUUAAGGAAAAAGCAUCUUCUUUUUAUGAUGUGAAAAUGGCACUCUUUAAGACCUUUUCUUUCUCUCUGUAAUAUACUCAACAUUUACACAAGUUUCCUCUCCAAUUUGUCCACCCAUCAACCGGCCACUGUGUUUUAUGUUCCUUUUGACAAACACCUUUUCAACAAUUGUAAAAAAAACGGCGGCCUCUCAAAUCGGAGACGUUUUGUAUGGUGAAUUUUUUGAAAGAUGUAAUUCAGCCACGAGGAUUCAUAUUCCUAUAGAGAAUGGAGAAGUGAAAGAUUAUGGUAAAAGCUUGGAGCAUGACUACAGGAUUGCAAAUAAGGCAGGCGAUUGAGAGAAAACAAUGGGCCCAAGAGAGACAGUUAGGGAAAUUUGGUAGAUGGGAAGGCUUAUUUCCAUUUUAAGAAAGAAGACAAGAAAGAUUACAAAUUUAAAAGAGUAUUAUGCUUCAUACCAAGCAUAUUGCCGCAAAUCUGACUUUGUAAUGAAGGAUUGUUUUGACGAUUGAAGUUAUCCGAUAGUGAUAUAGUGACGCAUAGUCAGAACAGAGAAAAAGAGUUGACUAUCCAAAAAAGGUCUCCAUUUGAAAGGUCGCCACUGAAUGUAUUUCCCUAAGUAGCGAGUUCUCCGCAGUGUAAUAUGAAAUGAAAAGUGACAAGAAAACUGAUGCACAAAGACGAAAAUGAAAAGUCAAAAGAAUUUUGUACGAAAGCAAAAACAUUGCCGUUGAUAAAGUUCAACAAUUGUUGAUUGUUUCUUAAAUUGUGAAUUUUUCAAGAUAUAUUUUUCAGCCAGUCAAUGAAGGCAAAGCAUAAAGAGGAGAACUAUAGGUGAAAUAUGUUGUUAGGUGAGAAGAAAGGAGGAAAUGACGAGAUUUUCUCUUUUUGUAAAUAAGGAAAGAAGAAAAGAGGGAGUGAAUAACAAACCAACUCAUGCACUAAAUUAAAAAUGAUAAAUGACAAGUUAUUGAGAAGAAAUCAUAGCGAGUAGUGGUUUUUAAAUAAUAACAAUGAUAGAGAAAAUGGGAGAAAAGGAAGAAAAAUAUAUUACAAUAUAUUUAGAGGUAUUUUAUUUGAUAUUUAAAAAAAGGUAUAUUGUUCAAAGUUCAGUCAAAGGCAAGACGAAUGCAGUGGGGAAAACGUUACCAAUUAACGAGGGAGAGGAAGUAAAGUCAUUGUAAAGCAUUUUCGCUAUGAUGAAACAUGGGGAAAGAGGAUGAAACAAGCAAAAAUAAAAUUUAAAUUAUUGACAGAAAAAUGAGAAGAAGAAAUAUAUUAUAUUACGAUGAGGUGAGAAACUUACUAAGAAUAUUAGAAUAUAAAUUAUAUAAAGCCAUAUAUUUAUAUAAUUAAUAAGUCAUUUAUAAUAUGCAAGUGCUUCUUACAAAUAUAUUAAUGAAAGAAAAGGAUACUGCUUAGAUGAGUAGAAAGUUUUGAUGUGUAAAGAUUUUACAUUUUCAUUUUAGUUUUACAAAACGAUAAAGAGUGUUUCAUUUUUGCUCCAUAACAUAGAAAUAAUAACAAUAUUAUAGUAAGUGAAGAAAAUGCGAUAAUUCAAGCAUUUCUUGAAGAAAGUGUAACAUUUUUACCAUGAAAAAUAAUACAAGUUAUUCAAAGCAAAAGCAACAAAAAGGGAAAAAAUAUUCAAAAGUUAGUAAGAGAAUAAUUAGAAAUUCUUUAAAGAAGCAAAUCCACAGUGAAAUCUUCCAUGAUUUGAGUUGAAAUGAAUCUGUUUAAUUUUCCCACUUUUCCCACAUCCUUUUCGGGAGUAAAAAUACACAUGUAGAUGAGGUGAAAAAGCCAUGAAAAAGUUAUAAAAAUAUAUAGUGGUUUACAUUUUAGGAUUUUACAUUAUUACAUUAUUAUUAUUGAAUAGAUUUAUUGAUAAGAAUGCAGUCAAUUGUAUAGUGAAGAAGAAUGAAAAAAAAAACAACCUAAACUUGUAGUGAAUUAUUAAAAGCAAAAGAAGAAAUAUUAAAAGAAAAUCAUGUGAAGAAGCAUCAAAUAAUUUUUCGAAAAAUACAAAAAAAAUCAUGAAUCUCAAACUAGAAGACAAGAAUGAAAAAAAAAAUUCCAUUGAAGAAUUACCACGUUUUUUCGACAUUCUCUUGAAUAAAACUGAACGAAACCUCUAAAUAGAACUAUAAAAUAGUUUUAAACACUUUAAAUGAUGAAAAAUGAAGUAAUUAAACCUUAAUAACUAUAAUGAAAAACUAUUAAUAUUUCCAUAAACAUGCAAACACGAAGAUGAAAACGAGGAAAAGCAUCAGAUUUCUAAAAGGGAAAUUGCAAUUUGGUUUUGAGGCUGAAUCAACACUUUAUUUUCGAUACAGAGUUCGCAAUUGUAUCCACUGAAUCAGGUUUUUAACUAAAUGAAAUAUAUGAAAAGCAAAUAGGAAUGCAAUUAAAAAAGAUUCUAAAUGGUAGUUUUCACAUGAUGGAAAGAGCAUACAAAUACAAAUACGAAGAAAAUUUAUUUAUUGACACAAUUUACUAAUUCUGACUAUUGGUAGCGAUUUGUUGAUAUUCCUGAUUAUUCAGUUAAUUUCUGAUAUUAAUGCUGUCUUGAGCAAUAGCCUAAAGAUGGCAACUGAAACUUUGCAGCGAAUGAUCAUUUUUUUUGCAAAAAAACCAUCAUGUGGGAAAAGUUAACUGAAUUUCUUGAGAGAAAUGAAACAGUUGGGUAUCAAACAUGGUGAACUCUGUGAGAACCAAGAAGUCUUUUUGGUUUAAGCUUCAUAUUUUAUAAUUGUACAAAAAAAAGUUUUCCUUUUGGGCGUUGAAAGCAAUGCAACGCCAAGACACAGUGUAAUAAUUCCAAAAUUGAAGAUAAAAAAAAAAUCAUGAAAGACUGAAAUGAUAUUAAACAAUAACCAACAUUACUUUCUAUUUUAAGUUUCUAUAAAUGUCUAGUGACACGAAAGUGGAUAAAAAAGUGUAUGUAGAGUGGCAAAAAGCACAUCAAAUUGUAUGAUUCUGCGUUCAAAGACACGAAGAUGAAGAUGAAUUCGACUAAAAAGAUAAUGUAAUGAGUACAAAAAAGAAACUUGUUUAAUGAAUGUGAAAAAUCUCAAAUCCACUGAGAAAUUUCCUUGCGAUGCAAUAAGACAAAAUGAAAAAAAAAUACUAAAGAAAAUAUUGAGGUAAAUUGUAGAAAGUCCAGCGAAUUAUUUCACUUGUUAUCGAAUCUCAAUUACACGUCAUUUGUUUCUACUCAAUUUUUCUUGGUUUUCCCUGAAAUUGUGAAGAAAAAGAUCUAAAAAAAAGACACAGAAAUACUCAAAAAUAAAUGCAACCUUAGGAAAAAGAAGAUUUGUAAAUAUUGGGAGGCAAGAAACAACUUCUUUAUUCUUUUCACAUCUUCUUUAUCAUUCACUUGUUGCAUGAAUAAUGCGCAACAUCACUUAGAAAUAUUUGCAUUUAACGACGACGAUGAGGAGGAGAAUAGAUAAGAUUGAAGAAAUCCACAAUACGUAUUCAGUGAAAAAGAAUUCAGCUAGAAAAUGAAAGCGUUGUUAUUGAAUUUUUCUUAAAAUAAAAACCAGUGAUUAAAAACUGACGAUAUAAU